AUAGGCGGCAAACUGCGAGAUUCAAUACGUUAAGAACUUCCCGCUUCUGAUGUGUGCGUUCUGCCUUGCGUAAUUUAAUUUUUUAAAUCGCGAGUGUCACGCGUUAUCAUGCACGGGAUACAAUGUCGUGCCGCCGUCACCGUUGAUUGAGGAAACAUCGGGGGAAGACGGCCAAAUGACGCGGAGACAAGAGCAGCCUGGUCCACGUUUGAAGAAACUGGUCCAGCAACUCAUCCAGCAUCCCAAACAUCAUAUUCUCAUUCUGUCCUCUUAAAGUGACCGAGGACUCUUGACGGAAUGUCGAGCCUGACUUUUAUAGAGUUCGUCGCAUAUGGUGAAACCAUUCCAAGUUCAAACAUCGGCGUAUGACUUGAAAUACGUGUAUUUCGUAAAUAUCAAAUGCUGGAGGCGCCUUACAAAGGCUUCCCAGGUACGAAAGGAUCCCCUGGUUUGAUAUAAAGCAGUGUGAAAAUGCAGUUUAAAGGAGUACCAAUGAGAACUCAUGGAUCAGGGUUGAAUGAAGUUUUCAUUUGAAAAAUUGCAUAUAAUUGUGGAUGCACCGUAAAGGAAGAAAUUGAGUAGAAAAGUUGGACGCAUCUUUGGAAAAGGAUAUUUUUCACCCACGACCCGUAGUCGAAGUCAGUAUCGUGUUGGCGUUGCGAUUAUUGGACGCCACCCCUAGAGUGGCCAAGGGUAACACAGUAGCCGCCCCCAACGUUCCUGUAUAAGCAUCAAGCGUUCAGGGCGGUUUUAGUCACUCCCACCUGCGCCACGGCGCACGACGUGGCUCCUGCUUAACCACCUUUUGCGCCAUCCUCUCCGACGUCGGCCUCGCUCUAUCUAUCUGUCAGCUACGAUCCGCGUCGAGUCGCAGUUCACGCGGGAUUACGGACCUGCCUUUAGGCCCCGCCGACUACGCUCGCACGGGAGUUUCUCGGCACUGGUCGAAGACGACGAGCCGGCAGGCUUUGCCACCCUCGAGGAUGCUGCGUCCCCCUCGUUGCGAAUAUGCGAGUGGAUUACUGCCGGAUAGUGGGGGUGUCGUUGGGGAUGUCGUGGGGGUCCACAACGGGGGUCGCGUGAACCCCCGGGCCUAUCAUCAUCGUCAGCAACAUCCUCACAGUGAUCAGCAACAUCAUCAUCAGGAAGGACUCGUUUACGAGUCAGAAGGUGCAGAGAUGGUCGCCCAGGAAAUGGCUCAGGGUUACACGCAGCUUCUUCACUCCAAUCAGGAGCCCCAGGAGUUCAUAUCCUUGGAAGUGCUCAGGCCCAGAAUUCAUCAGGAUCAUCAUCGUCUGACCAUAUCCGCCACGAGGAAUCAUCUUUAUCAUCAUCAACCUCAGCAACCGCACAUACAACCACUUUACUACGACCUAUCCAAUGUCCAAGAAAGCUCGUGCUCCACAGUAUACUUCGGCGACAUAGGUGCAGGACCUGGUGUAGGAGAAUUAUCGACCUCGGCGGGGGCUGGGGAAGGUCUUACUCCUGCACCAACCCCCGCCCCACGUUCAACCCCACAGGGUACCGGGGGGGCUGAUCAGCCCCAGCACAUGGAGACAUCCUCGAUUGUGGUACCCGAUCAGGCACCAGCCUCUGGACAACUGCACUAUCAUCACCACCAUCAUCAUCAUCAUCGCAGUUCUACCGAUAUGCCUGUUCAUGGAGAACCAACAGAUUCGCCGGAUGCCUUCGUGCCUGUUUCUAGAAAGCGAAAAGUUUCCUGCCACGACGGUAGCGAUCUGCUGGACGACACUGAGGACGACGCCAAGUCAGUUCGGACAAGUGACGACAAUAAGAAGCAAAAUCACAGCGAGAUCGAAAAGCGUCGAAGGGACAAGAUGAACACGUACAUCACAGAACUCUCGGCGAUGGUCCCCAUGUGCCACGCGAUGUCAAGGAAGCUGGACAAGCUCACAGUACUGCGAAUGGCCGUGCAGCAUCUCAAGACUAUCUUGGGAGCCGUGACGUCAUACACAGAGGGUCAUUACAAGCCAGCCUUCCUGAGCGAUCAAGAACUGAAGACAUUGAUACUCCAGGCUGCCGAGGGUUUUGUCUUCGUGGUAGGCUGUGAUCGCGGCAGGAUACUCUACGUAUCUGAAUCUGUGUCGCAGACUCUUAACUAUUCUCAGAGCGACCUCUUGGGUCAGAGCUGGUUCGAUAUCCUGCAUCCUAAGGACGUCGCCAAGGUGAAGGAACAACUUUCAUCGUCCGAUCUCAGUCCCAGGGAACGAUUGAUCGAUGCCAAAACCAUGCUUCCUGUGAAGACUGACGUUCCUCAGGGUGUCUCCAGAUUGUGUUCAGGUGCACGAAGAUCCUUUUUCUGCAGAAUGAAGCGCAAGGUGGAUGCAACGCGUUGUGGGGAUUCUCAGGUAAAGGAAGAGGCUGAUACCACUACAGGAUGUCAUCGUAGGAAGAAGCAGCAGAACGUAGAUUGGAAAUACUGCGUGAUACAGUGUACAGGAUAUUUAAAGUCCUGGGCACCUGCGAAAAUUGGCCUUGAGGAACAAGAGGGCGAAGGCGAUGGGGAGACUUGCAAUUUGUCUUGUCUAGUAGCCGUUGGUAGAGUUCAACCUCCACUUCCUGGACCUUCGCCAACUACUGGGAGACCUCAUCUCCGUGCCAUUGACUUCGUGUCCCGUCAUGCCAUGGAUGGGAAAUUUCUUUUUGUAGACCAAAGGGCGACCUUGGUUUUGGGAUUUCUUCCUCAGGAACUUCUGGGCACUAGUAUGUACGAGUAUUACCAUCACGAUGAUAUUCCUCACCUAGCUGAAUCCCACAAGGCUGCUUUACAAACUGCGGAACGCGUCACUACUCAGGUCUACAGGUUUAGGAGUAAAGGAGCAAGUUUCAUGAGAUUGCAGUCCGAGUGGAAGUCCUUCAGGAAUCCCUGGACCAAAGACAUUGAUUAUCUGAUCGCUAAGAACUCUGCUGUGUUUUCUGACACGAGACAGGUUGACAGUAGUGCCACCAGGUUCGAAGGCUCCAGUGUGCAAGGGAACUACGAUUAUUUCACGCAAAGCAAUGGCGGUCUCGAGAGAUUAAUCUCGAGCCAUGUUGAGGUAAGUAAGAUUGGACGACAAAUAGCGGAGGAGGUUCUGGAUCUUCAGAGGCGAGGCGAAGACUCUUCUUCAAUCAGCAGUCCCGGCUCUGGACCAGAACCUGCUUUGCUAAAUACCAAGUCACAGAUAACGACAACAGCCUCACCGGAGAGGAUACGUGAAGUGUCCCAGCAAGGAAUUGGCAGUGAUAACAGUAGUAGCAAUCCUACCCCGACCUACAACCACGUUAGGAACAACGUACAGCUGAGCAGCAUUUCCAAUGACCAAGGUCGUAGACCCAUCAUUGUCCCUGAAAACGUUCUUGACCGUCUCAACGAACACCUGAACACAGAAGGUAAUCUCAACCUCCUUCCAGGAGUGCCAGCAGACGAGGACAUGAUGGAAAUCAUUGGCGGUACCACAAUAAACGAAUCACCAAAUCCAGUACCAACUGAUGGAAAUGACGAAGCAGCAAUGGCUGUCAUCAUGAGCCUCCUGGAAGCUGAUGCCGGCUUAGGAGGUCCAGUCGACUUCUCAGGAUUACCUUGGCCGUUACCCUAGUGUACUGUUGGUGGAAUCUCCUGGUGUAGUGUAAUGAUCUGGGACUUGGCCUUUAUAGUCCUUUGGAAAAAAAAACACUGCUGUGCCUGAAGAAUAUAGGAUUUUGGGACUCGUGUGCUUUCGAUCAGGGUAGUAAUGAAUCAUUGUCUAGAGAAUCAAAUUAACGUACUCUAUCAUUCAAUGCUGAUUAUGGUGAUAAAUCUUUAAAAUUAUCAUAAUUGAUGUUAAACGUCUACAUGUUGGUAUAGCAUAGAGGAUGAAUUUGAUCUACAAAUGACACAUUGUACAAUACGUAAAUAGUGUUUUCUUCGCGUGAUACCGAGUUAAGUGUACCUAAUUAUGACAUAAGGAAUGUCGAGAUGGCCCUGGAAUGUCCCGGAUGAAAUUCGACUGGUUUGAAUUUCUCUUUAUAUUUCCAGCUGAACCAAUUAAGAGAUCAAGAUCGCUAGGGGAUCAUUCCGCUCUGAUUAGACGGAACCAAUUGCCAGUAUAUGGGAUUCGAGGGUUUCUCAAUAACUGCAGUUAGAUGAAUUCAGCGUAUCUAUGUAAAAAUAAUUGAAGAAGACGGACUGAGGCUGUGAACAGUAAUGCUCUCUCACUGCGCUAACGUUACACGUCGUGCUAAUUAAUAAAUAAAAUAAUAUGAACUCUAGAUUAGUGGCGGAACUGUGAAAAAUGCGUAAGAGUACAAGUAUCUGUAAGUAUCUAUAAUAUUUGUCUCAAUGGUUACCUCAUUGUCAACCUCUGAUAGGAAACAUUUUUUAUAUUUAAUAAUAAUUGUAUUUAUCUCCCCCCCCCCACCCCCAUGGGGAAUGGCCAUUUAAUUUCGGGUUACAUAUUUUCACUUUUUUUUUCAAGUGUUGAAUAAAGCACUGAAAUAUUAAA